GAAGCUUGUAGCCCCAAUGUUCACAUUAACCAUCUAUCACAGCAUUUAAGGAACGGACAAAUUUGGAACAGCGGGAGUUAGGAGAACAAUACCGACAACUGACGACACCCACUGCACGCAAAAACUUUGUGAAGGACUUCGCGACACGCUAUACCCAGCUUGCAAGGCUCCCAUACUUUGAUUUAGUUAAUCAGGUUGUGAUCGAUCCCAUGCACAAUCUCUUCCUGGGACUUGUCAAAACUCAUUUCUACAAUAUCUGGGUUCAAGGAAAAGUACUUUGUCCAAAUCACGAACUAACCGCCUUUCAUGAAAUGCUUGCCAAUUUCACUCUACCGAGCUCCUGCGGCAAGCUUCCUAAAGACAUAGGAAUGCCCUCCGGAGGAUCACUGACUGCAGAUCAAUGGCUCUUACUUUCGACUGUAUACGGGCCAAUAGUUAUACCUCAACUAUGGAGUGCUUGUGCGCCAAGCGCUGAUAGUAAUCAUAUUCUGCAAGAUCGUGUUGCGCAGAUUGAACGACUCAAAAUGGAGAAGACUCGUCAGGCCGAGAAGAAAAUCACGGAACGAAGGGCACUCGAAGCAGCGAAAAAGCAAGGUAAAGAGGCUCAUGCACUUGAGAAGGCUCAUAUUGCCUGGGAGAAGGAAUUGGAAGCUGCUGCAAAGAAUGACGCACGACUUAAAGCUGCCGCUGCAAAGCAAGUAGAAAAGGUUCGGAUCGCCGCUGAGAAGAAGGCUGAGAAGGCACGCAUCUCUGCAGAGAAAAAAGCAGCGAGACAUCGCAAGAAGGGAACAGAUGAUGUUAUCGAGGCACUCCCCUCCGAGUCUGUUGCAGCUGGCAAGGUCCCCCAUGUGACUGAUACCGGUGAUGAGGAAGAAGAGCUCAAGUUCGGUCUGCAUCCAGAUGACCCUGCUAAUUUUCUCAAGCUAUCUGGUGCCCUUCGCAUCCUGAUGCAUCAUACUUUAUCCGACACAGAUAUUGACUGCACAGAUACUCUCAUCCGGCAAUAUGCUACCGAAUUACUCAAGGUAUGUCGUCGAUCCAUCUUAUAGACUUAUUUGAGCUCGUUAUGGUCUAGCUUUAUGGCUCAAACAUUAUCAAACCAAACCAUCACUACGCCACACAUAUUGCAAGUUUCGUGCGCAACUUCGGACCACUCCACGACUUCUGGACUUUUCUUUUCGAGCGUCUUAAUAAAGUUCUCAAGUCCUUCAAGACGAACAACCACGGAGAUGGAGAACUUGAGACGACAUUUUUCUCAGAGUUCCACCGAACGUGCGAGUCGAGUCGCUUAACAUAUGCAUUAUUACAGAUGCCCAAAGAGUCUCUGCCAUGCGAAGUGGCAGAGCAUAUGCUUAAGGCUUCAUCCGAAGAACGUGGUACGGUUGCCGCUCUUGCCGCUCUAUCUACAGAGUUAGAUGAGGUCAACGCUGACGGUAAGUAGUUCUUCUUUCUUAUGCUUUGCUAACUUCUUCUAUUUUAUG